AUGCACAUCCCACGCAUCCCAGUCGCCAAUCGCGUGCCAUUGACCUUGUCAACACACCGGGCUUUUUCAAGCAGUAGCCUCCGCCGCGAUGUGGUCGACCUUGCCUUCCACCGAUACGACCCGCCGGACAACACUUCGAUCCAAGGACCAGCGGUGAUCGUGAUGCACGGGCUGUUCGGGUCGCAAAGGAACAACCGCACGUUGAGUAAAGCGCUAGCCAAAGACCUUUCCCGACCCAUCUACACGAUCGAUCUCCGCAACCACGGCGACAGCCCUCACACGCCGGUCCACGACUAUCUCUCGAUGGCGGCGGACGUGGAACACUUCAUCGCCACGCAAAACAUCACCCGGCCCACGCUGAUGGGCCAUUCGAUGGGCGCCAAAGUGGCCAUGGCGCUCGCCCUGGGCGCCCCGGACAAAUACUCGGCCCUGAUCCCCGUGGACAACGCGCCCGUCGACGCCGCGCUCAAGUCGGAUUUCGGCACCUACGUCAAGGCCAUGCGCGAGAUCGAAGACCACCGCCCGCCCAUCACCAAGCAGAGCGACGCCGACAAGAUCCUCGCCAAGUACGAGCCGGACCUGACCAUCCGCCAGUUCCUGUUGACCAAUCUGGUCAAGAUGCCCGCCGGCGGAGCCGAGUAUCAAGACCACGCCCAUCACACGGGCGAUCGCCACGCCCAGAAGACCGAGUUGCGCUUCCGCAUCCCGCUGCAGACCCUGGCCAAGGCGUUGCCUGCCAUGGCCGAUUUCCCGUUCAAGGACCCCGAUCGGGCACGGUACGAGGGGCCGACGCUGGUCGUGCGCGGCACGAAAUCCCAUUAUGUUGCGGAUGAGAUGUUGCCGUUGAUCGGUCGCUUCUUUCCGCAGUUCGAGUUGUUGGAGUUCGAUUGUGGCCAUUGGGUCAUGAGUGAGAAGUUUGAGGAGUUUCGCGCUGGAGUUGUCGAAUGGAUUGGGAGGGUGGUGGAUGAGAGGGAGAGACAGAGAUGA